CAAUCACCGAGGGCGACUGCGCCUUUAAGACCCGCAAAACUAACAUCGAAACCAGCCUUGGUGUCAAUGUGCGAGCGAUGAAAUUACUCGAUAUGGUUUUGUUAAAAAUCUUGAUGCUGUUAUACUGCUUAAGCGAAAGCAAAGGUCAGUAUGGAAAAACCCUGAGCAAGUAUAUUCGACAUUACGAAGGCCUGUCCUACGACACAGAUGUCUUACACAGCAAGCACCAGAGGGCUAAAAGAGCUCUGUCUCACCAGGACCAGUUCCUGCACCUGGACUUCCACGCUCACGGCAGGCAUUUUAACCUUCGGAUGAAGAGGGACACCUCUCUCUUCGCUCCCGAUCUGAAGGUGGAGGUUUCUGGAGAAGAGAUUCCCUAUGACACCUCUCACAUUUACACUGGAGAAAUUUAUGGUGAGAAGGGCACUCUGACACAUGGCGCUAUCGUGGAUGGGAAAUUUGAGGGUUUCAUUAAGAGCCAUAUGGGCACAUACUACGUAGAACCCUCAGAGAGAUACCUCAAAGACCAGAAUGUGCCCUACCACUCAGUCAUCUACCAUGAGGAUGAUAUCGAUUAUCCUCAUAAAUAUGGAGCAGAAGGUGGCUGUGCAGAUCACUCUGUUUUUGAGAGGAUGAAGAAAUACCAGGCAUCUGCAGUGGAGGAGCCCACCCAGCAGACGAACCACGUGAUUGACGAAGAGAUGGCUGAUGGACCGGUGAUCCUGAGGAAACGUCGUGCAGCACAGGCAGAGAAAAAUACCUGUCAGCUCUUCAUCCAGACGGAUCACCUCUUUUACAAAUACUACGGCAGCAGGGAUGCUGUGAUCGCACAGAUUUCCAGUCAUGUGAAGGCCAUUGACUCCAUCUAUCAAAACACAGAUUUUAAUGGCAUCCGCAAUAUUGGCUUCAUGGUGAAGAGAAUCAAGAUCAACACUACCGAUGAUAUAAAUAAUAAAUCUAACCCUUUCCGAUUACCCAACAUUGGUGUGGAGAAAUUUCUUGAGCUCAACUCCGAGCAGAAUCACGAUGACUACUGCCUAGCCUAUGUCUUCACAGAUAGAGACUUUGAUGAUGGAGUCCUGGGUCUAGCCUGGGUCGGGGGUCCUACAGGCAGCUCUGGUGGAAUCUGUGAAAAGUAUAGAGAGUACUCCGAUAAGAAGAUGAAGUCUCUGAACACUGGCAUCAUCACAGUGCAAAACUAUGCUUCGCACGUUCCCCCUAAAGUCUCCCACAUCACCUUCGCUCAUGAGGUCGGACAUAACUUCGGCUCUCCGCAUGAUUCAGGAAGUGAAUGCACUCCGGGAGAGUCUAAGACUCAGGACCAGAAAGAAAAAGGCAACUACAUCAUGUAUGCCAGAGCCACAUCAGGAGACAAGUUCAACAACAACAAGUUCUCCAUCUGCAGCAUUCGCAACAUCAGCCUAGUGCUGGAAAAGAAAAGAUCCAUCUGCUUUGUUGAAUCUGGACAGCCCAUCUGUGGUAAUGGUUUGGUUGAGGCUAAUGAACAGUGUGACUGUGGCUAUAGCGAUCAGUGCAAGGACAAAUGCUGCCAUGAUGCCAAUGCGCCAGAACUGAAGUGUAAACUAACGCAAGGCUCUCUAUGCAGUCCUAGUCAGGGUCCAUGCUGCACGUCAGAAUGCGGAUUUGAGAACAGCGGUGUGAUGUGCAGGAAUUAUUCUGAGUGUGCUUUUCAUGGCAUGUGCAGUGGAAACUCUGCCCAGUGCCCCACCUCAAUGCCUAAAGCAAACCUUACACUCUGCAAUGGAAAAAGACAAGUCUGCCUUAAUGGGGUGUGCUCUGGCUCUAUCUGUCAGAUGUAUAAGGAUCUAGAGGCUUGCACCUGUGCCACUGAAGAGGGGAAAAACGAGACAGAGCUGUGUCAUGUGUGCUGUAUGUCAAAGGGUCAGCCCGACACUUGCAGCAGCACUAGCUCAAAGAGAUGGGCUCAUCGCUUUAACGAUACUGUCAUCACCUUACCGCCUGGCUCUCCUUGUAAUGAUUUCAGAGGUUACUGCGAUGUCUUCAUGAAGUGUAGGCUGGUGGAUGCUGAUGGCCCUCUGGCAAGGCUUAAGAAGGCCAUUUUCAACCCUGAGCUUUACACAAGCAUUGCACAGUGGAUAGUGGGGCAUUGGUGGGCGGUUCUUCUAAUGGGCAUUGCUCUCAUCAUGCUAAUGGCUGGGUUUAUCAAGAUCUGCAGUGUGCACACACCUAGCAACAACCCUAAAUUACCCCCACCCAGACCACUGCCAGGCACACUGAAGAGAAGAAAUGCCGCUGCACAGUCCCAGCCACAGCGCCAUCGCCAGCAGAGAGAGGACUAUCAGAUGGGCCAGAUGCGACCCUGAGAAGCCCUCCUCAUUACCUUGUUUUUUCCUAGUGCCUACACUUGGGAAACACUUCACUCCAAAGAGUUCGCUGAAUCAAUCAAUGAAGCCCCAUCUACAAACAAAGAAACUGGCAAAUAAAAUGACUUCAAAGGACUCUACUUAAGAAAAUAUGCAUUUUAAAGAGUAAGAAACCACUGCUCUGGGUGCCAGCAAAGCUUACCUUGCAUAGCUCAGAGAAAAAUUCAGAAGCUAGUCUUGAGGAAGAGGACAGAAUUGUACAUUUUUUUCUGCUUUUCUAAUUCUUUCACAAGUUAUUAAACCAUUGUUCUCUCCACAAGUUUUUUUCCUCUUUUGCCUUUUUUUAUAU